GGGUGGGGUUUCCGUGUUCCAUGUUGGUAGCCGCACAGGGUUUUCCUCCGUCAGAGAGCAAAGAAGCAAGCUGCGAAGAUUGUUCUGUUGCGCUCCAAAUAGGGGACGGGGUCACAGCUGUAUUGUAUAUUCAGUCUACACGCAUAUAUAUAUAUAUAUAUAUAUAUAUAGUCCAUUGAUAUUUUAGGAAUGGUGUCAGGUCCCGUAUUGGAGGCUGAGAUGAAAUAGCCUAGACAAAACGAGGACUUCAACACGCCCAAAGCAAUCGAUCAAUGCGCAUCGCCACUCACGGGAGAAGACUCACAACGGGUACCAGAAAACGGUCUCAUACUACCCCGAGACGGUUGAUUGAGAGAGUGAGAGACACACACAGAAGAGAAGAGGAGAAGAAAAGAGAGAAAAAGGACUACAGAAGAAAAUUGGACUGGAGCAACCACCAAGAAGGAUUUAAGACAUUUUGAAUAACCCCCAAGAAGUUGUUCUAUACAUUUUUAUAACGUUCCUCGAUGUUUUUUUCCUCCUCGUUUGAAUUGAGAACCAUUUACUAAGGAGUGACAGUGACGUUUCCUGUUGUAUUCAUUCUCCUCUUUGUGGUUUACAGUAACAGUUUACUGUAAUUUUGGACCCCUAUGUUGGUUUGGACAAAAGCACACCUGUGACUUUUCUCACAUUCUUGAUUUGGAGCAACUGAGUGUGAGAGGUGUGAAAGCCAGCGGGAGGGAAGGGGAAUUUUGGCUAUUUGUGUCUUUCUCUUUCUCUUUUGUCUUCUCACCUAUCUUUCCAUUUGUGGGUUUAAGAGGAAGAGGAAAAAGGGUUUACAACUGGGUAUCAGUGACAUUCUGUUCUGGUUUCACCCGAGCACAAGUACUCCCGUGUGUGAGUGUGUUUGUGUUUAGUGUGUGUGAGGCAAGCUUCCUGACGGUGAUAUAAGACUAAUAAGAGCGGAAAAGGAAAGACGCUACCGUGUGUCACUCUCUGGGAAAAUGGGAUCGGAAAAGGACUCGGAAUCCCCCCACUCCUCGGUGAGCGGCAUUCCCAACCCCAAAUGCCGGGCACCGAGAAAACGCCAAGGACGCAUCUCCUUCCACAGCCUCUUCCACAGCAAACGGGGUUCCCGGAGCGCCAAAGCAGGGGCAGCCACCCCUUUAUCCCAGCUCCACAACCAACAGCAUCAACAACAGCAACUUGCCCCCCUUGUUCCCCCUGUAGUCCCUUCCACCCCCACACCCGACCCAGCCCCUACCAACACCGCCACGGACCUUCCCCAGGGCCCAGCCACCGCUCAGACCUCCACCCCAGCAGAGCCCCUCUCUUCCAGCCGGACCUCCCUGGGUCCCCCCCAGUCCUCCAGCUCCACCACCUCCAGCUCCUCUCCUCCAGCAGACUUCCUGGAGUGCCCCCUGUGCCUGGUGCCCCAACCCCCCGAACAGCUCCCCGAGCUGCUGGGCUGCAGCCACCGCUCCUGCCUGUGCUGCCUGCGCCAGUAUCUGCGCAUCGAGAUCACGGAGAGCCGCGUCCAUCUCAGCUGCCCCGAGUGCUCGGAGCGCCUGGCGCCUCAUCAGGUGGCGGACAUCUUGGGCGACGCAGCCCUGCUGGAGAAGUAUGAGGAGUUCCUGCUGCGACGCUGCCUGGCCUCCGAUCCGGACUGCCGCUGGUGUCCCGCGCCCGACUGCGGGUUUGCAGUGAUCGCUUCGGGUUGUGCCAGCUGCCCCAGGCUGGUGUGUCGUAGAGAGGGCUGCUUGGCUGAGUUCUGUUACCACUGCAAGCAGGCGUGGCACCCCAACCAGACCUGUGACUCGGCCCGCCAGCAAAGGGCAUUCUUCCUGCACCCGCAUAGCAACCACUCACCCAGCUACAUGCAGGAGCACGGGCCUGCUGAUGACAUCAAGCCCUGCCCACGAUGUGGCGCCUACAUAAUCAAGAUGAACGACGGCAGCUGUAACCACAUGACCUGUGCCGUGUGUGGUUGUGAGUUCUGCUGGCUCUGCAUGAAGGAGAUCUCUGACCUGCACUACCUCAGUCCAUCAGGGUGUACGUUCUGGGGAAAGAAGCCGUGGACUCGUAAGAAGAAGAUCCUGUGGCAGCUGGGCACACUGAUCGGAGCCCCAGUGGGCAUCACCCUCAUCGCUGGUAUCGCUGUGCCUGCCAUGGUCAUUGGCCUCCCCGUCUAUGUGGGGCGCAAGAUUCACGCCCAUUAUGACGGGAUGAAGACCAACCGCCACAGGAGGAACCUGGCCAUCACAGGGGGAGUGGCCCUGUCAAUCGUCACAGCUCCUGUGAUUGCAGCCGUCAGCGUGGGUAUUGGUGUGCCCAUCAUGUUGGCGUAUGUCUAUGGAGUUGUGCCCAUCUCUCUGUGCCGCGGAGGAGGCUGUGGCGUCAGCCGAGGAAAGGGGCGUGGCAUGCGGAUCGACUUUGACGAGGACGAUGGCCCUAUCACAGUGGCUGAUGCUUGGCGGGCCCUCAAGUCCCCCAGCCUGGGUGAGAGCAGCCUGGAGGGGGCAGCCAGCGGCCUCAGCACCACCUCCCCCAGCGAUGGUCUCUCUGUGGCCCCUGGGGUCCUGGGGGACACCCCCCACUUUAACACUUUGGCCGGGGGCGCCCUUGGAGCCAGGACUGGCAAAUACAACAGGUUGGAGCUCCAGGGAGGGGAGCUGGGGAAGGAUGGUGCCCAGAGAGAGACAGGUAGUCUGGGAGCGGGUAGUGACUGUGCCAGCACCCGGGGCAUGGCAGGCUCCAUUAUCUCCUCCUACACACUACCUGACAGGGACUGUAAUAACCUGGAGAUCCAGGUGGACAUCGAGACUAAACCCAGCCACCUCUGCUUGACCAGUGAGGAAGACCUAAACACGCCCCCUGCUGCUAUGGCAGCAUGCCCUGGCUCAGGGGGGGAGGAGCCUCAGGACUGCAGCUCCAGAAGGGGCGGGGCUCUGUUUGGCUCAGCACUAGGCCUGUCUCCAGGGGCGUCGCUCAGGGAGGGGCUUCGCGAUGUCACUUUGGCCCAGCCCGAGAGCAUCCGCAGCGACCUGGAGAUGUCCGAUACCCAAUCAGACGACAUCGCCGAGCUGACGUCAGACGACUGUGAUUCGCCUCAUCUCAAAAGCUGCCGGCCCUCUCAACCCCAGGCCACCUGCAGACCCCUUGUCACCUCCGACAGCCUGCACUGUCCCCCGGAUAACGUCAUCCUCUAUGUUUAAGAGUCCGACUGUCUUUGAGAGCUCUCUAAGAUUGCACAAAUCCAAAAGGUUUUUGUUUUAGCUUUUCUCCAUUGAUUGAUUGAGCGUUUCAGUCAUUUUUUUUUGCUGCUUUUUUUGUUUACAAAACAUCUGACCUGCAGACAACACCCUAUCUACACGUGUCUGUCUUUCUAUCAACAUGUCGAUCUCCUUGCAGAGAAUUGGCAAGGUUCUACCUCUCUGAGAUUUAAUACAACAAUUUUUGUUUACUUCUUGGUGCAAAAAUGCCUUGGCUACUUAAGCAAACCUUUUUUUUUUAAACAAGACGUACAAAUUUGCCACAAGAAAUACUGCAAAAAAAAAAAAAAGGAAACAAGGUGAAAUGUCACCAAGCACACCAAUGAGUGAAGGAUUGUGGGGAAUAGGAUUUGUACUAUGGAAAGGGGAUGUUUUUAGGGAUGCGUGAGUGUGGCAUUUGUACUGGACUUUGUAGGCUUGAUUUCCAAUUUUUUUUCUAUUUAUAAUUGAAUGAUCUUGAAAUUGAAUUAUUUGCUGUGUCCAUGAGUCUGCAUGAACUGCGUUUUGUAUGGGUGUAUAGGCCUACAAGCAUAAUACGUACCUAAUACACUGGUGGAGUUUACAGUAGUUUGUACAGAGACAUGACUUUUAGAUGCGAUCUGCACUUGAAUCUCAGCUGCACAGAGAAGAAGAAAUUAGGGGUUAAUGAGAUCCGAUGCCGUGGAAGAUGGACAAGUACUGAACCAGCAGACAGUUCCACUUGAAGGACUGACUGCCUGCCUUACAGACACUGACGAACACUGGCUUUCUGACAUGCUAGCUGUCUGACCCACUCGAAUGGUGUGUGUGUGUGUGUGUGUGUGUGUGUGAGAUUGAAAGUGUGUGCUACUCACUCACAAAGACCUAUAAAGUCACAAUAUACAUUUUCAGUAGAAAAUUAUAGUAGAAUGGAAGGACUUUUUGUGAUUGUAUUUGUUUGUCCCACUAUCGAGUGAAUUUAUGAAUGAGCACUUGUGCACUUUAUUUAAAUAUUCAGCUUUUUUUGCUAUUCAUUGUCAAGUUUUCGUCCAUUGCUUAAAAUCACACUUGUACAAUCAUAGCCAAAUGUUGAUUAUCAGAAACCUUUUUACAGUGUAACAACAUUUUGCAGACUCAUUUUAAUUUCUUCAAGAAUAAUUACUAGAGCUUAUUUUUGCUGUUUACAAACCAUGUGCUUCAGUUUCAGUUCUUAAAGAUAUCCCCAUUUACCAUAGACGUCAUGAGAAAUCUCUAUAUGGGAACAUUGUUUCACUUCAAAUAAGCUUUAUUGGGUCAAAUCAUACGAUUGGGUAGAGCUUAGUAUGGUAUGUUGAUGUAAUUCAGUUUUGGCUUAUUUCUGCCUAUGAGAAACCACAUGAAUGUACCACGGAUUGAAAUAGAACUUCCUAAAUAUGAAAGGAGGAUUUACCAUUAAUAACACACCUAGAUGUGGCGAUUUUAGCAUGUAAAUCUUGGUGGGGCAAACUCCCAUUUUUUUUUUUAGAUGCAUGCCAGCAAAGCUACUACACAACACUAAACAAUACAUUAACAGCACUAUAAUGGUGACAAACAGUGCCUGCAAACUGUAAGGGCCUAUAUAAAGCUGUCCCAACAGCAAAGCUUUCUUUUCAGCACCAUGGAGUGAAUCCUUACCACUGCUUACACCUGGCUAUCAGCAGAGCCUUGUCUGGCAGCGAAACAGUUCAUUCAGCCUCUUUAAAAAACAUAGCUGAUAUGGCUGACUUGCUUAAACAAAUGUGGUUUCUGUACAAACUAUGGCAUAAGGGGACGACGAGCGGAUAAGAGGCAAUCUGUAAUUUUGAUUAAGACAUUGAUGAGCGAGCUAAUACGGACGUAGUCAAUUUAACUACUUGUUAUGUACUUUUGAAAUGUACAGCUACAGAAUUCAAAACAGAGUCCAUUCUUACAGUAUUCUCCCUGGACACCAAGUCAGAACUGUAGGAUAAAUAAAGAGGGCAUAUAAGCAGACAAUGAAAGCUCUUACAAUAUUCAAUGAUUACAUUUAUCUAAAACAGGCUAUAGGCUAUAUGUGCACCACCAAGUCAGAACAGUAGGCUAAGUUAUGAGGGGGAAAGGGACCAAGGAAGGUGGCACAGCAUUCCUCAUCAAACUUUGUCAUCAAAGUCUGGUAUUCUCUGGAUUUAUGGUGCUUUUGAGACAACUGGGAACUCUGGGGAAAAAACAAGGUUGAAUCCUGACCUCCAGUGGUCUUCCAAUUGGAGCUCUAGAAAGAGGCCUGGGUUCCCGACUUGGAAUUUUAAGUUUGAUGACCAUUCAAAACAUAUUUUUCCAGUUGGAGCUAGUUUUUUAAACUCACUUUUUGAGUUAUUUUUGAACUCACUGAAGUCUGAGAUUUCCCAGUUCUGAGUUUCCAGUUGUUUUGAAUGUGGCAGAAGUCUUGUUGGAUUGACAGCAUGAAUGUUUAUCCUUUUAAUCUGGGAAAAGAGACCCUUAAACCCAGACAUAGACCACACACCCAUUCCACUGAAUAGCAGGCUAGUGAUUGCUUUGCAACGCUUGCAGUUAGCCACUGAUUCCUUCCAAAUCACUCAUUGUUGAAUUUGCGAUGUCCAACUUGUGUAAUAUUUAUGUCCAACCGCAGAUGAGCACCGAUACGUUUUAUCUAUAAUUUCUCUUCAUUAUGACAAGGAUUGAAAAGGAUUUGCCAGUAGAUUGUCAAUGUGAUUCAUGAUGAUGACUGCUUGACUAGCUUGCUAGCUAAGAUUUUGAAAGUAUGAUGUUGACAUGAUCAGUCCACUCAAAGCUACGGUAGAUAUAACGAGAUUUGACAAUUUUAUCUGUGGCCAAUGACCUUGAGCUUUUUUGGAUGGGCUCUUCUAAUGUAACUCUAAGGCUUGAAUUUUUUAGCUCUACCCGUAGAUUUUUCAGUGACGUAGUGUCCCCAUGAGUGACAGAACACUGAGCCAGUCACGGCGCAACUAGAGAAGAUUACCAACCCCUACGCUCCAUAUUUUCCGCUGGCUGCCUCACCACCACAGAAAGCACUGAGCUAGGCUGAAACACCUGCAUUUUGAAGCUGCCUUACUCAAGAAAGCAAAAAAGAGACCCAUGUUUGUAUGCGGCUUUAUUAACUCAAUUAUUUAAUUUUAAUUUUAUAUUGUUUGAAAGAUAUGUAACACUUAUUAAUACCAAAAUAACAUGCAAAACAGACAACAGGAGGGGCUCAAAACAGGUGGGGCUCUGCCCUGAAUGAUGGGUCGCCACUGGAUGUGGAUAAAAUAGUUAUAAAUAUAUACUGUAAAUAGUAAUAUAAAAGUAUUAUAUAUAAAUGUGUAUCUCCUGACACUGUUUUGUAAGCCCCUAUAUGGGGCCGAACACACAGGACUGUGAAAAACGUUGUGGACAUAUUUUGGGAAAAUAAACACAUUUUCUGUUGCACCAA